UCAACAUGUUUCCACAAUCAGGGAAAUCGAUUGUCUUUGACAACUUUCCAGAUCCAACAGACACUUGGGAAAUUAUCGAGACAAUUGGAAAAGGGACCUACGGAAAAGUCUACAAGGUGCUCAACAAAAUUGAUGGAAGCAAAGCGGCUGUAAAGAUACUGGAUCCAAUUCAUGAUAUCGACGAGGAGAUCGAAGCGGAGUACAACAUCCUCAAAGCGCUCUCUGACCACGCCAACGUUGUCAAGUUCUACGGGAUGUAUUACAAGAAGGAUAUAAAAUGUGGAGAUCAGCUGUGGCUUGUCUUGGAGCUCUGCAAUGGUGGCUCUGUGACAGAUCUGGCCAAAGGCAUGCUGAAGAGAGGAGACAGGAUGGAUGAACCCAUCAUUGCCUUCAUCAUACAUGAGGCCCUCAUGGGCCUCCAGCACCUGCACAUAAACAAUACCAUCCACCGAGACGUCAAAGGCAAUAACAUCCUGUUGACAACCCAUGGAGGGAUCAAGCUUGUGGAUUUCGGUGUUUCUGCCCAGCUGACAAAUACCCGCCUAAGGAGGAACACCUCUGUGGGAACUCCCUUCUGGAUGGCUCCCGAGGUAAUAGCGUGUGAGCAGCAGCUCGACUCGACCUAUGACGCUCGCUGCGAUGUGUGGUCGCUCGGCAUCACCGCCAUAGAGCUGGGUGAUGGAGACCCACCUCUGUCUGACCUCCACCCAAUGAGAGCCCUUUUCAAAAUACCCAGAAAUCCUGCUCCGACUCUCCACCAGCCCGAGCUCUGGUCAGACGACUUUAAUGACUUCAUCUGCAAAUGUCUUAUUAAGGACUUUGAGCUGAGACCAAAUGUGCUAGACCUGCUGCAGCACGUGUUCAUCAAACAGAUUGUCGGCAGAGAGAAAAUCCUGCAGAAGCAAUUGAUUGAGCUCAUUGAUCUCAACCAACAAAUAGGAGCCAUUGAAAAAACAAGCCAUCAUGGAAAGACAGACAGACGCAGAGACAGUAAUGACAGGCAUGAGCGCAUGCACACUAAAAGAGGAAGCCACAUGAAGACGCAGAGUGCGGACGAGGUGGACGACCUCGCCACCCUCGAAGUUCUAGAUGAGAACACAGUCACAGAGCAGCUUCAGAGCCGCUAUGGAAGAGAUCAGAUUUACACGUACGUCGGAGACAUCCUCAUCGCAGUCAACCCUUUCCAUAAGAUGGAGAUAUACACUCCUCAGUAUACUAAGAUAUACAUCGGGGCUAAGCGUUCUGCUAACCCUCCACACAUCUUCGCUGUAGCUGAUAUCGCCUACCAGUCCAUGGUGUCGUACAACGCAGACCAGUGUGUUGUGAUCAGUGGAGAAAGUGGAGCUGGGAAAACAGAGAGCGCUCAUCUGUUGGUGCAGCAGCUGACUGUUCUUGGGAAGGCCAAUAACCGGACGCUCCAAGAGAAGAUCCUGCUGGUCAACAGCUUAGUCGAGGCUUUUGGGAACGCCUGCACCGUCAUCAACGACAACUCCAGCCGCUUUGGAAAGUACCUGGAGAUGAAGUUCACCUGUGGAGGAACUGUGGUCGGAGCGCAGAUAUCUGAGUACCUGUUGGAGAAAUCCAGAGUCAUCCACCAAGCUGUUGGGGAGAGGAACUUCCACAUCUUCUAUUACAUUUACGCCGGCCUCGCUGACAGGAAGAAACUCGCCCACUACAAACUCUCCGACAGCAAAACACCUAAGUAUUUGUGUAAUGACCACAUUAAACUUGGACCUGACAUAGUGAGCAACAGCUUCUACAAGGAGCAGUUUGAUGCGGUGGAGCAGUGUUUCAAAGUCAUUGGAUUCACCCUGGAGGAGCUGGGCAGCGUUUACAGCACUCUGGCUGCCAUCCUCAACUCUGGUGAUAUUGAGUUUUCUCCGGUUGCCUCGGAGCAUCAAACAGACAAGAGCAUCAUCUCCAACAUUUCUGUCCUGGAGAACGUGGCGUCCCUGCUGUGCAUCCGCUCAGAUGAGCUCCAGGAAGCCCUGACCUCCCACUGUGUUGUGGCCCGAGGGGAGACGAUCGUCAGGCCCAACACGGUGGAGAAGGCGGGGGAGGUGAGGGACGCCAUGGCCAAGGCACUCUACGGCCGCCUCUUCAGCUGGAUCGUGAACCGCAUCAACGCGCUGCUGAGACCCGAUAGCAACCUGGGAGAGGAGGACAAGGGCCUGAACAUCGGCAUCCUGGACAUCUUUGGUUUCGAGAACUUCAAGAAGAACUCCUUUGAGCAGCUCUGCAUCAACAUCGCCAACGAGCAGAUCCAGUUUUACUUCAACCAGCACAUCUUCGCCUGGGAGCAGGAUGAGUACCUGAACGAGGAGGUGGAGGCUCGGAUGAUCGAGUACGAGGACAACCGGCCUCUCCUGGACCUGUUCCUACAGAAACCCAUGGGGAUGCUCUCACUUCUGGACGAGGAGAGUCGCUUCCCACAGGCCACCGACCAGACACUCGUAGACAAAUUCGACGAUAACCUCAAGACAAAAAGCUUCUGGAGACCAAAGAGGGUCGACCUCGGCUUUGGCAUCCACCACUACGCUGGAAAGGUGAUCUACAACGCCGCAGGCUUCUUAGCCAAGAACAGAGACAUGCUCCCAGCCGACAUCAUCCUGCUGCUGAGGUCGUCAGAGAACGAGCUCACUCGCAAACUGGUCACCCAUCCCCUCACCAAAACUGGCAACCUUGCCCACACCAAGGGUAAAGGCAUAAACACCUUGCGGACGCCGUCACGCACCAUCACCUUCGCCAAGCCGGGUGAUCCUGGAGACACGCCGUACCAUCCAAGAGAAACCACCAACAUGAGAACGCAGACAGUGGCGUCCUACUUCAGAUACUCUCUGAUGGAUCUGCUGUCCAAGAUGGUGGCCGGGCAGCCUCACUUCGUCCGCUGUAUCAAACCAAACAACGACCGCCACGCCAACAAGUUUGACCGGGAGAAGGUUCUGGUUCAGCUGCGAUAUACCGGAGUCCUGGAGACGGCAAAGAUCAGACGACAGGGCUACUCCCACCGCAUCCUGUUUGCUAACUUCAUUAAGAGGUACUACAUUUUGGCUUUCCAUGCUCACGAGGAGCCAGACGUCACUCCAGAAACAUGUGCUGCAAUACUGGAGAAAGCCAAGCUGGAGAACUCGGCGAUGGGGAAGACAAAGGUGUUCCUUAAGUACUACCACGUUGAACAUCUGAACCUGAUGGUGCAGCAGGCCACACAGCGGAUUGUCCUGCUGCAGGCCUACGUCAGAGGCUGGCUGGGGGCAAAGCGAUACCGACGGAUCUUAAAAGAGCGACAACAAAGUGCUCUGGUGCUGCAGUCAGCUUACAGAGGUCAUAAAGCUCGGAAGAAGGUGAAUGACGACAAAAGCAAAGCAAAGUUUGAGGCCGUCAUUAUUCAGUUUCAGGCUGUCUGCAGGGGCUACCUUGCAAAAAAGAAAUACAAGGAGUUGGUGGAUGAAAAGAACAAUGCUGCAACCAAGAUCCAGGCCCGCUUCAGAGGGCACAAGGAGAGGAAGAAUUUCAAAGGAAAAAGGGAAGCCAAAGAGAAAGAAAAAGCAGAGAAGGCCGUCGAAGAAAAAGAGCAAGCGACUCCUGCACCAGAGAAGACCCCUGAUGAAGCAGAUUCCCCGACUUCAAGCGAUGAAGCAAACAACGAGGAAGAGGAAACCAAGGCUGCCGUGGUUCUCCAGAGUAACUUCAGGGGCUACAAAGAGAGAAAAAAGUUUAAGGAAAGAAAAAAGGCAGAGACUGAAUCAGAGGUUCAACAGAAUGCAGUGAUGGAAAAUCAAGUUGAGACAGAACCUACAAGCAAUGACGAGAGCGGGGAAAAGACAGGUGAUAACAAAGAGGAGAACGAUGAAGAUGAGAGUACAUAUGAAGCAGAGGAGAAUUUCGACAGCGAUGACACAGAGGUGCCAGAUGAUGAAGAACAUACGGAAGUGGACGAAGACGCACCGAUUGAGGACGCAGUGGCAGCAGAUGUCUGGCAAGAAGAGCAGGAGAACAAGUUGCAGAAUGGACAGGAAGAGUCAGUCACCAUGGAAGAAGAAACCAAGGCUGCCACUGUUCUGCAGAGUAACUUCAGAGGUCACAAAGAGAGGAAGAGGUUGCAGGAAGAAGGGAAGAUCCCUGCUAAGAAUCAGAAAGCGAAAAGUCCUGAGAGAGAAGCUGUUUCUUCAAGUGAUGUCAAAACAGAAGAUCAAGACGAAGCCAAAGCAGCAGUGGUACUCCAGAGCAACUUCAGAGGCCACAAGGAGCGCAAACGACUCGAGGAGGAAGGAAAGAUCCCCAAAAAGAGGAAGAAGGAGGUACAAAAACCAGUGCCAGAAGCAGCACCUGAGGAGGAGAAAGCUGCGACCGUCCUGCAGAGUAACUUCAGAGGCCAUCGAGAGCGCAAAAAAAUGAAAGCAGAGAGAGAAGCUAAACAUAAAGCGAAGGAAGAGGUUGAUUAUGACAUGGCAGAGGAGGCAACGGAGGACACUGUGGAUAUAUCUGAUGUGGUGAUCGAACGUAAAGAUGAGACGGAUUGAAAAGGAAGGCUCGAGGAAGAGCAGGCCGCUGUGAAAAUCCAGAGCAACUUCCGAGGUUAUAAAGACAGAAAGAACCUGAAGGCCAACAAGCAAUCAGCAAAGACAGAAGCUGCUCAGCUUUUUCAACAGAUCACAAAGGUUUCCCAGGACUUCGUGGCCCUGCAGCACAAGUUGAAUGAAAUCAUCGAGGCCCAUCAAUCGAACCCCGAGAAGAACGGCAUGUUUGUGAGAGGAAAAACAAUGAACGGCCAUGCUAACCAGAACAACCAAUCAACUGAUAAGAGAAUGUCUCGGACCCCCCGCAGGACCCAGCAGCCAAAGACCCUCAACACCCCGGAGGACUCCACCUAUUACAACUUAAUCCAUCGGUCUGUCCAGGACGAUAAACGAAAGCCCAGGAAAGAGGAUCCAGGGAAGCUGCUGGAUGUGGACGACCAGUACUACAGAGAACUGUCCACCAGCAGGUCUGAGCCGUCCCUCCCCACAGAGUACGCGUCCCCCAGCACCACGCCAGAGAGACGGAUGUCCGUAGAGAGGAGAAAGUCAAUGGACAGGAGGAGGUCCAUGGACAGGAGACAUUCUUCUGUAGCCAGCAGGCAGCCCCGAGAGCGUGCCGUCACCGAACCACGACCUCCAAAGCGUGCAAAUGACAACAGGCGCUCUGUUCCCAGAAUGCCCUCCACCGAGAGUCAUGCUGAGGAGAACCCGUACGACUUCAGACACCUACUGAGGAAGACCUCCCAGAGACGAAGGCUCAUCAAACACUACUGAACACAUGACUUUUUUUAAGCCGUUUGGCACACAGUCCAUCCAGAUCUGUAUAUUUAUGAGUAUGUGUUUCAUCACAACUGUUUAGCUAAUGACUAGAACGUCUGACUGCUUGAUCAUCCAUCACCACCAGUCUUAUUCAUCUACAUGCAGCUUAGACAGGAUGACGCUUUAUGUAAAUAAUAAACACCUUUAACACUGGCUGUAAAUUAAGGUUUUAUUUAUGUAGCUUGUAAAGUAGACUAUGCUCAUUUUGCUGCAUCAGUUUCCGGCUUGGCUUGAAUUCAUCCAUAAACAUU